GCGCCCGCAGCGCGCUGAGGAGCCGGGGCAGGGCAGCGUGUGGGGACCUCGCAGCGCCUCAAAACAAAGCGUUCCACCGCUUUUUGCCCUGCACUUGCCUGGCUCGGGCGGCUUUUGCUGCUCCACGGAGAUAAAUCCCCGCAGCCCUUGCUUUGCACGAGUCCGUCCUGCCCCAGCCAUGGUCAUGUUCAAGAAAGUGAAGAGCUUCGUGGUGGCCUUCAGCGAGCCUGACAAGGUCUAUUGCAGCGGGGACAAGGUGGCUGGGCGAGUACUGGUGGAGGUGGCCGAGGUGACCCGUGUCAGCUCCGUCAAGGUGCUGGCGUGCGGCGUGGCCAAGGUGACCUGGGCCAAGGGCCCGGCGCAGUGCCGGCAGGAGAUGGAGUACCUGCGCUUCGAGGACGUGCUGACGCUUGAGGAGCAGCCCACGGAUGAGGAUGGUUCAGUCAUCCUGAGACCUGGGAACAAGUAUGAGUACAAAUUCGGCUUUGAGCUGCCCCAGGGGCCGCUGGGCACCACAUUCAAGGGGAAGUAUGGCUCCGUGGAUUACUGGGUGAAGGCGUCUCUGGAGCGGCCGGCCUGCCCCACACAGCAGGUCAAAAAACGCUUUGAGGUGAUGGAUCCCGUGGAUGUGAACACCCCAGAAUUGCUGUCUCCGGUUGCAGCCAAGAAGGAGAAGAAAGUGUCGUGUAUGUUCAUCCCAGAUGGACGCGUGUCUGUCAGCGCCCAGAUCGACAGGAAGGGCUUCUGUGAAGGCGACGAGAUCUGUAUCAACGCAGACUUUGAGAACACCUGCUCGCGCAUCGUGGUGCCCAAGGCGGCCAUCGUGGCCAAGCACACGUACCUGGCCAAUGGCCAGACCAAGGUCUUCUCUCAGAAGCUCUCCUGCGUUCGUGGCAAUCACAUCAUCUCUGGUACCUCCGAGUCCUGGCGCGGCAAAACCAUCCGCGUGCGGAAGAUCAAGCCCUCUAUCCUGGGCUGCAACAUUCUGCGCGUGGAGUAUUUCCUGCAGAUCUACGUCAGCGUCCCGGGCUCCAAGAAGAUCAUCCUGGAGCUGCCGCUGGUCAUCGGGAGUCGCUCUGGCAUCGGGAGCCGCAGCUCCAGCAUGGCCAGUCAGACCAGUUCCGAGAUGAGCUGGGUGGACCUGAACCUCCCGGACGCUCCGGAGGCUCCCCCGUGCUACUUGGACAUCGUUCCCGAGGAUCACCGGCUGGAAAGCCCCACCACGCCCCUCCUGGAUGAUCCCGAUGGAUUUGACAGCCCCAUCUUCAUGUACGCGCCCGAGUUCAAGUUCAUGCCCCCCCCCACCUACACGGAGGUGGAUCCCUGCGUCGCCAACAACAACGUGCAGUGAGCAGCGCCCGGCGGGGCGCUCCCGCCUUUCUGGACUCGGCUCCAUGGCCACACGCCUGUGGCUCGUCUGGCCCCACACAGCGGGAGGGGAAGGGCUCCCGAGGAACUGCCACAUUCCCGAGGGACUGCUGCGUUCUCGAGGAACCAUCCAGGGCCAUCCCCGGCACCCGGACCUCGCGGAAAACCUGAAGCAGAAUCCUCAAGGACUGGGGGGGACAAGGCAGAUCCGGCUGGAAAAGAGCUGGAAGACCUCGGCUGUCGGGACACACUGCCUGUCCGUGCGCUGUCGUGAUGUGGUGACAGGCAGGAAGUUCUGGUUUUAACGGAUUCCAUCCUAAUUCUGUAACUCUGGGUGCUGCUCUGGCUGCCCUGCACUCCCAGCAGGGGAGGGGGACACUGUGACAUCAUGAAUCCAUCCUGUCGUGACACAAACCUGGGAUCGCGACCGGCGCCUUUUGUACUCUUGGGUUUUGUACAUACAAUUUGGGGGAGUGGGGGGAAGCACAAAAAUGCAAAUUUUGUACCUUUUUGUGGCCCCUGGGGGGCAGAAUUUGUAAUAAACGAAUGAAACGGUA